AUGGAAAAGCAAAAUAGGAUAUUCAAACGAAAACGGCUUCGCAGUACCUGCCUGCGCAUCAGGGUCGCACAACCAGUACAGGGUUUUGACAUAAGUUCAUCGAACCGGACGACUCCCCAAGCCACCGUUGUCAAUCAAGGCAUCUACAUCAACGGCACUAGGCCCGAACUCAUCAAAAGGCGUUUCGAAAAUCUUCAUAGACGACAUGCGGCUCCUGAGGACCGGAAUCUGGACAAGCCCAACCUUGCUACGAAUGGCGUCCAUCCUCCUACGAUUUCGCCAAAAGUCGAACGCAUAGCCUCGUCGGGCGCUCCUGAAGUGGACGAUGUUGUCCUGACUCGGGAAGAAGAACUCCAAGUCAUCUACGGCUGCGGCUGCUUGCCGAAUCUCGAAGCGCAGAUAGCGAGGCUCGCGGAGCACGAGAGACGCUUGAUAGUCGAGCUGCACGGCGGAGAUGAGUCGGUCUUGCAGAUGGGCGACGUCCUCGUCGUACUCCCACGGCUCCAGGAACGAGGCCGGCGUGUCGUCCUGCGAGGAAACGCAGCUCACGCCGCCAGACUGACAGUCUGUGAGCAGGUCGUUCUUCACGCCGAGGCCGCACGCUGGGGGGACGGGAAGCAGUGUGGCAGCUGCGAUCGCAACUGCCGCGGCUAA